CCUGCAGUUGGCCAUCCACCACAUCUUCUCCAAAUCCAACCAACAGAUCAUUUCCAACUGGGCAUUGACGAACGAGUCCCUUCUCUCUCCAAAUCGUCGCGUCCCGGCCACCAGAACCACCACACGAAAUCCCGAAUCACCACCAGCACACGAUGGCCGACCGCGACAAGAUCCAAAUCCUCAAGGAUGCGCUGUACGAGGCGGCGAGGGACCACGGUUCCGACCAGCGCCUCUUCACCCAGCGCGACCUGAUGGACAUGCAGGUCAUUCCCCAGGAUAACAUCGGUCUGCUCAUCCAGGUGAUCCAGAUUCUCUGCGACGAGAAGCUCUUUGUCGGCAACACCACGGCGUCGGGACUAUCAUGGAGAUGGCGAAGCCGGGAGGAUGCAAAGAAAUACACCUCCCUCCCUAACUCCGAAACAAUGAUGGUCUACGCCAUGGUCGACGAAGCCGGGGCCGACGGCAUCUGGAACCGGACCAUCAAGAACAAGCUCAACAUGGCCGACCAUCUCAUGAAGCAGUGCAUCAAGUACCUCGAGCAAAAGGGCUACAUCGCCAGCAUGAAGAACGUCGAACACCCCAACAAGAAGAUGUACAUCAAGGCGAACCUCCGUCCCUCUGAUCGCGCUACGGGUGGUCCCUGGUUUACCGAGGGCGAGCUCGAUACGGCUUUCAUCAACGAGUUGCAGGAGAUCGUGUUCGACUUUAUCAAGCAGAAAUCUACAUAUACUUCCCACGGCGGUGCUGGAGUAGGAACAACAGGGGCAGCAGCAGGAGCGCAGCAGCGUGAAAAGAUCCCCAAGAAGGGCGUGGUUCAGGGGACCAUUCCCCACUCGGAAGAUGUUUCCAAGGGCACGAAGCGCAGCGCGGGCGAGAUCUCUAACGACGAUACGGCGGCGGCGGCGGCGGCGGCACCGGCGACUACCACUACGGCGAAGAAGACCAGGCCCGGCAAGCCGCAAUUGCUGCCUCUGCCGGCCGGCUACAAGUCGUACCCGACCGUAUCGGAUAUCGCCAAAUUCAUCCACCACGCCGGCAUCACGAACAACACAACAUUGAGCGAGGCGGAUAUCCAGCAACUGGUGGACGUGCUAUACUACGACGGGUUGGUAGAACCGGUCAAGGUCAAUGGGCGCAAGGGGUACCGUGUGACCCGCAUCCCCAAACAGGAUCCGAGGACGUGCAACCAACGACGCCUGGACCACGACCCAACUAAAGGAGGCGUUGUCACUUCGUUUAUGGGAGUCGAGCCGAGUGCAAGUGGCCUUAUGGAGGCUCCAUGUGGGCGUUGCCCCGUGUACGAUAUGUGCGAAGAAGGCGGACCAGUCAGCCCGAGCAACUGCGUCUAUUUCAAGCAGUGGCUGGAUGGUGACGAGGUCAAGGAACAAGUCAUUUCGAUUUGAUCGACUACAAGAUAUCUAUCUGUGUCUCUUUCUGUCAAAAGACAUUCAUGGUCUCUAUUAGAACUGCAUCGACGGCGUAGAAAAAGGAAAGGGUAAUUCGGUUUCGUUUAGGCGUUGGGGGCAACCUGUUUAGCAUUCAAAGUAUUGACGAGACAACAUUCACAUGGUCUGGAAACUUUCUAGGGAAAGACAGCAGUUUGCGUGCUCAUGUCAACGAUCAAAGUGACAGUGAUG